AUGGCACCUUUACCAGCGCACCAUACAAAGCAUCUCAGGAGUCUCUCUUAUUCUUUUGGAAUCUCUUCUUUUUCUCUUUCCCAGCUCGACGACGGGCGCUCAAACGGCACAGCUCUUUGGCUGGGGGCCCAAUGUCUCUCGCUAUUCCUCGCAGACAUACACAAACGCCUUUUUACCGCAAACACAAACCCUCCCAGGGUCGUGGAACUGGGCAGUGGUAUUGGCCUAAUGGCCCUCGCUCUAUCCUCUCUGGGCUGCGAUGUCCUUGCAACGGACGUAAAGGACGUCACCUCUACCGUUCUUCUCCAAAAUAUCGCUGCGAACUCUGCUCAGUUACCCAUCAAUGCCGGUUCUAUUCAGGUCCGCGAACUCGACUGGACUGUUCCUCCUGACCACUGGACCUGGCAUAACGACAAUGUCAUCGCUGCUGCAGGUCCAUUGAAUCCACCAUCCCCAUCUGGCAGCAGUGUGCAUUUGCUCAACCCGCCUUUUGAUCUUAUCGUUUCGUCAGAUACACUAUAUAGUCCAGAGCUCACUCAGCCCCUCUUGCGUUCCAUUCGAGCUUUGUGCAUUGCAUCAGCUCAUGCAUAUUCACCUCCUCGGACCCGUGGACCACCAGUCUAUCUUUGUCUUGAGCGUCGAGAUUCAUCUCUCAUCGACCAAGCUCUCCUAGAUGCCAGAGAUACAUGGGGCUUUCGAGUGGAACGAAUUCCUCACAAGAAGGUCGCAAAAGCCAUGGAAAAGGGGGGGUUGAAAUGGCACAAGGAUGACUGGGCAGGAGUAGAGAUCUGGAAACUCACUUUGGAGUUCCCACAGCGCGAGAAUCUAGAAAGCGUUGCCAACUAA